GGAAAAUAAAAAAAAAACUGUUCAAUUCAUAUUCUGUCUCAGCGGUGACAUUUCAUACACAUAAUAAUUGUAUUUCUUCCAAAUACUAAUAUUGACUUUUCGGCAAAGAAAUAGAAGAGAAACUAAACCAUAAUAAGCUUAUACCAAAAGGAAAUUCAUCGCUCUUUAUAUGCAUAACAGCAGAAUUGUCGAACUCGCGCGCUCUUCUGCUUUGAAUAUUAAACAGAAACAGCCGACAACAUACCCCGCAUAUUUCCAGACAUUCAGUGAAUUUAUAAAACAACAAAAAAAAAACAAAAUUCAAUUGACAAUCUCAGCCGGAGAGAGAGGGCAGCACUUCGGAACCAAUACAGCGACAAAAGCAACGCCGGCAGCGGAACACAGCAGAGGCAGCAGCAGCAGCAGCACGUCGAACAGCGACCCCAAACGGAGUCCGUAGAGUCGAGACACUAGCCCACAACAGCACACAACAGCGCUGCGAUUGUUCUUUGCAUUUUUCGGAAUUACAUACGACUUUUGUGAGAUGGAGGAAUAUUCGCGUACUUUGAACAUAUUAGGCAGCAUUGCCAUGGGCAUUGUAGGCUUUCAGAUCUGUCGCAAGGUCCUGCCCUGGAUCUAUGUGAAUGUGCUCGGGCCAAAGCUGUUUGGCUCCUCGGUGAAUCUUUCGAAGAUGGGCGAGUGGGCAGUUAUUACCGGCUCCACGGAUGGCAUUGGAAAGGCUUAUGCAAGGGAGUUGGCACGCAAAGGAAUGAAACUGGUGUUGAUUAGUCGCUCGUUGGAGAAACUCAAUACUGUGGCUAAGGAAAUUGGCGAUGAAUUCGGGGUCGAGACGCGAGUCAUCGAUGUGGACUUUACGGGUGGCUUGGACAUCUAUAAGAAGAUACGUGAAGGAACAACUGGUCUAGAUGUGGGUGUACUGGUCAACAAUGUGGGCAUUAGCUACAAUCAUCCGGAAUACUUUUUGGAUUUGUACGAAGCCGAUCCCAAGUUUCUGCACAAUCUUGUUGCCGCUAAUAUACAUUCCGUGACGCACAUGACAGCGCUCUUCAUGCCAGGCAUGGUGACAAAGCGUAAGGGUGUCAUUAUAAAUUUAUCCUCGACUUCCGGGGUAAUCCCCAAUCCCUUACUGAGCGUCUACAGCGGUACAAAGGCAUUUGUGAAUAAAUUCAGCGAUGAUCUGUACACCGAGUACAAGGCGUAUGGCAUACUUAUACAGAGUGUGCAGCCUGGUUUUGUCGCCACCAACAUGUCCAAGAUACGUAAGCCGAGUUGGUUUGCACCAUCGCCCGAAACGUAUGUGAAAUCCGCAUUGGCGACACUCGGCUUUGCCACACAAACAGCUGGAUAUUUACCACAUGCAUUGCUUCAACUGGUCAUACAUUUUACAGAGGCUGUUUUCGGUGAGCAGUUUGCCAGAAACGAGGUUCUUAAGAAUAUUUCAGCUACACGCAAGCGUGCUCGUCGGCGCCUAGAAAAGGAACAAUAAUGACAAUGUCAAAAAAUUUGCAAUUUGUCGAUGCCAUUUAGAGUCUGUUCGACGUUCUUAUGAAGAGGAAUUGGGAAAGGGGGGAAAUGAAAUGCCUAACGAAACGACACGCGACGCACUCGGUGGUGGCACACGAAAAUGCUUAUCAAUACCUAUUAGGUGUGCCACCACUCAUUUACACAUUAAAUAAAGAACAAAAAAAUACACAAAACUUGUAAUAUCAAAAAAAAAUAUUAAUCAGUUAAUAUUUUAAAAUUCAUUUAAGUAUUGUUAUGCAACUGCAAUAAAUUGGAAACUGAUUGAACUUAA